CCUGUCUGUAAUUCCUCAGGCUCUACACGUGUAUGUUAACUCUGCAGCUGUCAAAACAGCUGGAUGUGUGUACUGUUAGUACUGCUAUUGCAGGUCUUUGGAAGGACAGUACCAAGAUUAGUUCUGAUGGACCUCUCAGUCGAAUCGCCAUAUGUCAUUUGCCCACUGAUUCAGAAACCAUUCGUUUGAACUCAACAUUCACUUGGAUGUCUGUAAAUUUCAGUUCCAGUCACAUUGAUGACAUCAAAGACAGUUUGAAAUGUGCACAGGGUCAGACAUUUGCUGUUAUUUUAAAUGAGAGCUGUGAAGUCUCACCUUCUGAGUCCUACCCAACUCAAGCUGUCCCUCCUAGAACAAGCUCUGAGAGCAGUGCUACAUUCCCAAACAUCACUUCUUCACCAGUAACUACAGAUUGGUCACUGACCAAUCAAACCCUCACUGUAGUCACACCAUCUAUCAGAAACACUUCUAAUACACCACUUAAUACAACAGUCCUAAUAUCCAAUACAUCCAUCAACAGUACAGUCACUCAAACAAACACUGUGUCACAUUAUACAGCAAGCCUGCCAAUAGGACCAGCGGUCAAUAUAGCAAGUAAACCAAAUGAAAUAACAACCUCAAUGGUCAGUACAACACAUAAAACAACUGAUGUAACAUCUCAGCCAGUCAAUGCAGCAGUUACAACACACAGUGUAACAACCUCACCUGUCAGAACAACAGGUACAUCAAACAAUAUACCAGCAUCAUUGGCCAGUACAAGUACACAUGAUAUAAUAACCCCAUCAGUCAGUGCAAUGGGUACACCAUCUAAUAUAACAACCUCACCAGUUAGUACAAGAGAUGUAACAUUCAAUAUAACAACCCCACUGGUCCAAACAACAGGUACACCACACAAUAUAACAUCAUUACUGGUCAGUACAACAUAUACGUCACAUGAUAUAAUAACUCCAACAGUUAGCGCAACAAGUACACCAUACAAUAUAACAACCUCACCAUUCAAAAUAACAGAAACAACACUCAAUAUAACAACCUCACUGCUCCAAACAACAGGCACAUCACAAAAUAUAACAACCUCAACGGUCAGUACAACACUCAAUGUAACAACUCAACCAGUCUACACAGAAGAUCCAACAGACAAUAUAACAACCUCAACGGUCAGUACAACACAAACAACACUCAAUGUAAUAACUCAAUUGAUCAACACUGCAGAUACAACAGACAAUAUAACAACCUCAACGGUCAGUACAACACAUACAACACCUAAUGUAACAACUCAACUGGUCAACACUGCAGAUACGAGAGACAAUAUAAAAAUCUCAACAGUCAGUACAACACAUAAAACACUCAAUAUAACAACUCAACCGGUCUACACAGCAGAUACAAAAGACAAUAUAACAACCUCAACGGUCAGUACAACACUCGAUGUAACAACUCAACCGGUCUACACAGCAGAUCCAACAGACAAUAUAACAAUCUCAACAGUCAGUUCAACACAUACAACACUCGAUGUAACAACUCAACCGGUCUACACAGCAGAUACAACAGACAAUAUUACAACCUCAACGGUCAGUACAACCCAAACAACACUCAAUGUAAUAACUCAACUGAUCAACACUGCAGAUACAAUAGGCAAUAUAACAACCUCAACGGUCAGUACAACACAUACAACACCUAAUGUAUCAACUCAACUGGUCAACACUGCAGAUACAAUAGACAAUAUUGCUACCUCACCUGUCAGUACAACACAUACAACAAUUAAUGUAACAGCUCAACCGGUAGACACAGCAAAUACAACAGACAAUAUAACAACCUCAACGGUCAGUACAACACAUACAGCACCUAAUGUAUCAACUCAAUUGGUCAACACUGCAGAUACAAGAGACAAUAUAACAUCCUCAAUGGUCAGUACAAUGCAUACAACACUCAAUAUAGCAACUCAACCGAUCAAUACACCAAGUACACCACACAAUAUAGCAACCCCACCAAUCAGUACAACAGGUACAUCAAACAAUAUAACAUCACUUGUCAGUACAACAUAUGUGUCACAUGAUAUAAUAACUACAUCAGUCAGCAAAACACUUACAACAAAAAAAAAAACAACACAAAAAAUAACAACAACACCAACCAAAAAAACAGUCACACCACUCAACCUCAGUACAACAGAUACAACACACAAUAUAACAACCCCACCAGUCAAUACAACAGUCACACCACUCAACCUUACUGUCACAAGACUCAGUUCAACAACUCCUCUAGUCAGUACAACAGCCACAGGACAUGACACAACUGCUGCAGUCACAACACUUGAUAAAAGUACAACAACUUUCAACACAUCAAUCACUGUUAAUACAACAGCAAUAACAAAAACAACUACAACAACAAAUCCAAUUAGCAUUCUGAACAUCAUACCAACAAAUACUACCAUAAUUAGCAUUAUCACAAAUAGCAGUACAGAUUCCACAACUACUCUAUCAGUGACACAUCCAAGCUCUCAGAACAUCUCCACUUCCACAACAAAAGCUCCAAGUAUUGCUCCAACUCCAACGACCAGUAAAAGCAACGCAACAACAGUCACUACAAGGCCUGCUGAGCCAACAACACUUGCAACCACUUCAGAGGCAACAACUAAAAGCCCAGAUGCAGUGGCUAGCAAUCUUCUGAAUCAAACACAGAAUAUGGCAUCUUUAAACUCAUCUCAGGUCAGUCAGCUGGUCAGCCAGCUAGAGACUGUUAUCUCCGCACCCAACAUUAGUCUGGAUCUAUGCCGAACAGUGCUGUCCGUCAUCAACAACUUUCUUAACAGCUCUACAGAUACUCUGGCUACCUCCUCUAACCAAUUAAUCCAAGCUGUGGAUAAUUUGGGUCUGAAACUUGUGAUUCACAACCAGACUGAAAACAUCAUAUUUGAUUCACUCGCUUUGACUGUGACCAAAGUUGAUGGGAGCAACUUUGGAACAACAUCAUUCUCAAUUGCAGAUCCCUUAAACCCACAGGUCACAAAAGGACUUCAGAGACAUGUCAGGGCAGUGGAAAGUUCCUCCCCUCUGGCCAAAAUAACACUACCUGCAUCCCUGACAGAGAACCUCUCUCCAGAAGAAAAGAAGAUAGCUUCUAGAGUCCAGUUCACUUUCUUCCAGAAAAACACAUUUUUUCAGGAUAAAAACCUGAGUCAGCAGAUCCUGAACAGCCACAUUCUGGGCUCUAGUGUGGCUAACCUGUCAAUCAAAAACCUGACAGAGAACGUUGAGUUUACUCUGAGGAAUAAGCAGCCUGUGGGGAACUAUGUAGCUUCCUGUGUUUUCUGGGACUUUGACCGAAACGGAGGUUUAGGAGGCUGGAAUUCCAGUGGCUGUUAUGUCAAGAACAGCACAGAGAAUGAAACCAUCUGCAGCUGCAAUCACCUGACAAGCUUUGCUGUACUACUGGACAUUAGCCAGAAGAGUUUACCUAAAUUACACACCAAAAUCCUUACCUUCAUCACUUACAUCGGAUGUGGGGUGUCUGCCAUCUUUCUCUCGGUUACUCUGCUCACCUACCUCGCAUUUGACAAAAUCCGCCGUGACAUCCCUUCAAAGAUCUUGAUCCAUUUGUGUUUCGGGCUGCUCUUGCUGAACCUGGUGUUCUUGUUGGAUUCGUGGCUGGCGUUGUACAAAGAUGCUGAAGGCCUGUGCAUUUCCACAGCCUUCUUCCUGCACUACUUCCUGUUGGUCUCCUUCACCUGGAUGGGGCUGGAGGCUCUGCAUAUGUACCUGGCCAUCGUCAAAGUCUUCAACAACUUCAUGUCCAGAUACAUGCUGAAAUUUUCCCUGGUUGGCUGGGGAGUCCCUUUGGUUGUUGUCAUUACUGUGAUUGCGGUAAACAAAGAGAACUAUGGCCUCAUAAGCUAUGGGGGGAUUUCUGAUGGCACUAAUGAUUUUUGUUGGCUGAAAAAUGACAUAGCGUUCUACGUGGCUGUUGUGGCGUACUUCUGUAUCAUAUUUGUGUUGAACCUGGUCAUGUUUGUGGUGGUGAUGGUCCAUCUGAGACGAAUCAAGCGCCAAAACCCUCACAAUAAUCAGUAUCGCAGCAGCUUGCAGGACCUACGUAGCAUCGCAGGACUCACUUUCCUGCUCGGGCUUACAUGGGGCUUCAUCUUCUUCGCCUGGGGACCUGUCCGUUUGGCCUUCACGUACUUGUUUACAAUUUUAAAUUGCCUACAGGGAUUUUUUAUUUUUAUUUUCCACUGCGCUCUGAAAGAAAAUGUCCGUAAACAGUGGAGAAUGCACCUUUGCUGUGGCAGUUUACGACUGGCUGAAAAUUCAGAGUGGAGUCGGACAGCCACACAGAGCAACCACUCUAAAAAGACUUCGAUUGUGAAGGCAGAAUCAGGGAUCCACAGUGGACCUCGAAGCUCAGUGAGCAGCGAUGAAUCAGUGCCGUCCCAAGGCAUCGGCUCACCAAUGGAUGACAGUCUGAUCAUAUCAGGGGAAAUGAAUGACGACAUGGUCCUAAACGAGAUCUACAGUCAAAUCCGUCCACGAUUCAGAUCUGAAUAGCUUUUAGAAGAGGGUUAUAAACGCAGACACGACUCUAGUUGAAGAAACAGACCACUAAAUAUUCUGUUUCUGUCAUGCCUGAAAAAAAAAUUAUUACCAAGAUAAGAAUCUAAUGACUCAGCUCAAAAACAAAUGUCUUUUGUCAUCAGUUUGUCUGAAUAAAUGUUAUAUGCAGUAAGGCUUUCAGCAUUCAGAUUUAAAGCCAGACAUUUUGUUAUUGGUAACUGAAUCGGGCUGCUCACAGCUGAGUAAUGAAUAGCAAAAGCAUGCACCUAUGGGAGCAAAUGCAUAAAAGUAUCUCCACAUACUGAGAAGUGAGGAAAUGGUAUAUUAUGCUUUUGCAGCGUCAAGGGUUUUAAACUCCUAUAUAUUUUUAACAAAUAGUAUUAAACAACUCUUCUGCAAAUAAAUAAAUAAUAAUAUAAAGCUAUGAUGCAAGUGCAUCAAAUAGUACUUAAAAAUGUUUUAUAAUAGAUGGACUACAUUUAAAAUGAAGGGAAAAAAGGGGGAUUUCUCUUUUUUUAUCCUCAAUUCUGUCUUAAAAAGCAUAUAAAUCUGCCAGAUGUGUUGUAGAAAGACUGAGAUAUGUCCAUUGUCCAUAGAGUUGUUUAUUAGUUUUUCCACAUUUUAUAGUCACUUUUGUAAUUCUCAUAUAAGGAGGAAAUAUGAAGUUAAAAUGCUAAUGUAUCACAAAUUUGUUACAUGUAAUCAAAUGUGCUUUCUAUGUACUGUAUAAAACAGCAUUUGUCUGAUAUUAUUUUUGAGUAGUGUAAGGGUUCUGUUUAGGCAAAAUAUAGUAUAAUAGUAAUAUUGUUUAUCAUGUUUUGAUAUAGAUAUAUAUUUAACAAUUUUGUAGUUUUAUGAAUUUAUGAAAAUUUCACAUUUGCACAUUUUAGGUAGAGUAAGGAUUCUGAGAUUCUAACAUAAUAAAUAAUUUAUAACUUUUUGUCUAUGAUA